AUGGCGGCGCCUUCACCAUUCCUUCACUCGACGUCGCGGAGCCAGGCGAAUUCACUAGCAAUCGUCCACUUGUCGCGCGACAAUCUAGUUCCGAUCAUACUCCAAGACCCCGCUACUGCCACGGAUGGCUACGCCGAGGGCGCAGUCUUGAAUAGCCGAUUUGGCUCGUUCCCUCACUCCACCCUCAUAGACGUCCCGUGGGGUUCGCAGAUUCGCGCCUCUACCGUCGAUACGGGCUCGCGAGGCCGGAGAAAGAAGGCAGCCCUCGCCGCUGAAGCGGACGAUAAAAAUGGCGCUGCGCUGGACCACCAACUAGUAUCCGACCUGAAGCGCAAGCGUGAAGGUGCCGAAGACUCUUCAAGUGAAGCGGAGGCAAAGAGGCAAAGGCAGUCGGACGCUGUUUCGGCUGGAAAUGGCCAUGGUCCUAAUGGCGCAGGCUCUCCCGCGCCAGCAGUUCAGCCCGCAAUCGCAGCGUCGAGCGGCUUCGUACACAUCUUGAAGCCGUCUCCCGAGCUUUGGACCAUCUCGUUACCCCAUAGGACGCAGGUGGUCUACACACCGGAUUACAGCUAUGUUCUUCAACGCAUUCGCGCCUUUCCCGGAAAGACCCUCAUCGAGGCGGGUGCUGGUAGUGGAAGUUUCAGCCACGCGGCAGCGCGCGCCGUAUUCAACGGGUUUUCUUCGGGACCCGAGGACAAGAAGGGAAAGGUGUACAGCUUCGAGUACCACCAACAACGUUACCAGAAGAUGCAGCUAGAACUCGCCGAGCAUGGCCUGGAAGGUGUCGUACAAAUCACGCACCGCGACGUAUACACGCAGGGUUUCAAUAUCGAUGGCAAGAGCCCAAAAGCCAACGCUAUCUUCCUAGACCUACCUGCACCUUGGGAAGCUUUGCACCACCUCUCUCGUCGCCGGCCCCAGCUGAACGGAUCCCAUACGACUAAAGAAGGAUCAGAAGAAGCUGACACUUGGCUAUCCCCUCUCGACCCGGAUCAAAGCGUUUAUAUCUGCACAUUCUCGCCAUGCGUAGAGCAGGUUACAAAGACGAUUGAGAAACUCCGGGAACUGGGGUGGGUUGGCAUCGAGAUGGUGGAAGUAGCCCAGAAGAAGAUGCACGUUACCCGCGAGAGGAUUGGCCUAAAUGUGCCGAUGGAGCGAGGCACUCUUCAGGCUCCUAGUGACAUCUCGGAGGCCAUCUCGAGGCUGAAGGCCAUCAAUGCGCGUGCGGCGGAAUACCAUGCUAAGUCUGGUCGAGCACCAGGGGAAGGUGACGACAGAGUUGAGAAUGGGGAGGGCCCUCGUCUUUCAGAGACGGACGGCCUCGAGGGUUCGGCAGCAUCCUCCAAGCCUUGGAACGAAGGCCGGCUCGUGCAUCGACCAGAAGUAGAACUCAAGACUCAUACUUCAUACCUCACAUUCGCCGUCCUACCCCGCGAGUGGUCCGAAGAGGAAGAGGCUGCGGCCCUCGCGAGAUGGCCAUGUGGCCAGGAAACUGAGAUUAUCGGUGCGCUAGACAAGGCGACUCGGAAAAACCUAAAGAGGGAGCAGGUCCAUGGCAAGAAGAAGCAAAAGAAGGGAAAGGCUUAG